CUUUUUUUUCUUAAAAGAUCGCGUUGAAUGUUAACAGCUAUUCCACCAAGUAUACCACCGCCACAAGCUGAAACGAUUAGUUCAGCUUUAGCAAGAGAUGACCUUGUAGAAGAAGUCAAGCUGACUAUUAUAUCUCACCCUUAUUUAGAUGACACCAUGAACAAAAUCAGGCAAGAACCCAUCCCAUGGGAGGAAUACACAAACGUGGGUUUAAUAUCUGAAAAUGAAAUGGCCAUGAUAAAGCAUGUCGAAAAUAAGUCAGUUGAGGAACUCGAGCCUAUUAUGACAGAGCAUGGACGUUAUUAUGCUUUACUUUAUCUUGAAUUAAUGCAAAAAUUGGCAAGAGUGGAUACGCUUCAGAAAGUGCUUGUUCUUAUUCACGAUAUGCUGAAUGAACACGAGGAGAGGAUUUAUUUGUUUCAUGAAGCAAAAAAGGAUAAUCCGGAGUUCCCCUUUGGACCAUUUCAUAAAGUGCUCAGUAUCAAUGACGAAUUUAUAGGUAUACAGUCAAGCAAGUUACUUACUAUGUUGAUUUGUUCUACACCUCAUCGUGAUAUCAACAUACAUGAAUUCUUUCGAUGGAUUACAUUUCAGCUACAAAGCCGUCAGCAACACAUUGUUGAUCUCAAUAUCCAAAUGCUUGAUGCUUUGUUUCAUGUUCCAGAAUACAGAAGAGCCUUUUGGGAAACACCUCAUGCUAUCGACACACUAGUCAGCAUUCUAAAGGCAAACAAACACUCUGAUCCACAAAAGAUAUAUGAACUUACCUUUGCUAUUUGGCUUUUAACAUUUGAUGAACGAGUAGCAAAGAACUUGGACAAAAAAUGUAAAAUCAUCCCUGUGCUAUUGGACUAUGCCAAGUCAACACCUAAAGAAAAAGUAGUCAGAGUAAUUGUAGCAACCUUCAAGAAUUUAACUGAGAAAGCGCCCACAGAAAACAUGUCUGCCAUGUUGGUAGCCAAACUGUUGCCUUUUACAGAGCACUUGGCUACUCGAAAAUGGUCAGAUCAGGAAAUUGUUGAUGACAUUGAAUAUGUGAAAACUGAAUUACAGCAAAACUUUCAGAGUCUUAGUACAUUUGAAGUAUACGCUUCAGAGGUUGAAACGGGUAGAUUACACUGGGAAAGUCCGUCUCAUGCAUCAGAGAACUUUUGGAAACAAAAUGCAAACCGUCUUAAUGAAAAGGAUCAGCACUUAUUAAGGUUAUUGGCAAGAUUACUAAGCACAUCAACAGAUUUUACAGUAUUAGCUAUUGCCUGUCAUGAUUUGGGUCAAUAUGUCAAAUAUAGCAGUGAUCCAAACAGUAAAAGCUAUUUACAAACUAUUGGCGCCAAACAAAGAAUUAUGGAGCUCAUGACGCACCAAGACGCAGGUGUAAGGUAUCAAGCACUUUGCGCAACUCAAAAAUACUUUGCAAUGACAACAUAAAUAAUAAACCAAGCUAUUAGUAUCUUUUAUUCUUUUUUCUUACAUUAUGCAGUGGGAUAAAGAACAAGAACAGAUAUCGACUGAAGAAAGACUAUGUGAAUUAUAUGAAACAAUUGAACAUCAGUCUAUGUCGUUCUCGAUACUGAGACAGAGACAAAAGGCUCAUGCGUAUGUUGAUAUUUGUAAUGUGAUACAAAUUACUUAUUUUUAUGAAAGGGAUCUUUAUGUUUUAUAUAUUCAAUGUCAAGUGAAAUUGAG